CAGCCCCAGGAAGCUGUUACCGUACAUGAAAUAAUUUCUUACUGGCUGUUUCCUCUUCUCUUGGGUUUGGGUUAAGGACCUGUGGCUGGAUGAUGUAGUUCUGGUGAAAACGAUAAAUCAAUGGUCCGGGUCCUUCUGCAAGUCUCUCUGGUGCUCUCCAGUGAAGCAUUCAGCAGUGACUCUAUGCUUUGAAUAGUUUCCACUCGAGAAAAACAGUCAUUCUGCUGAAAAAACAGGAAACACAUGGCCCACAGCAGUGUCUCUGAUUUGAGUACACCUGGUCUUAUAAUGAGCCCGGCAGCAGAUAUUAGCUUCACUCCGGCAGCAGCUCCGUGAAGCGAGGCAUGGGCUGCAGCGUGUGUCUCUGGCUGGUCGUCUCCUUCUGCCGCGUCUGGGGCAUGGGCCGCGGGACGAGGGAGACUGUGCUGGGCACGCUGGGGAAGGCGACGGUUCUGUGGAUCCCCCAGGAAUUCCAGAACCUCACCCAGAGCUUUGGGAUGGCCGUGUGGAAGCGGGACACAGAGGACCCGCAUAGCAAGAACGUCCUGCUCAAGUACUUGGAUGGAAACUACACCAACUACAAUCCGAGCCAGAACCGCUUCCACUCCUCCAACUUCUCGCUGGAGAUCCUCAACACCAAGCGGCAGGACCAGAGGCUCUACGAGUACAUCAUCAGCAAGGACGCGGAGGAGAAGGUCUGGCAGAUACAGCUGGAAGUGUAUGAGCCGGUGUCCGAUCCCGACAUCCAGGUCCUCAGCUGGGCUCUGGCCAACGACAGCUGCACCGUCACCCUCAACUGCAUGGCGGCCAGGGGCGACAACGUGUCCUACAGCUGGGCCGGCCUGGAGGCCAGCACCUCAUUGCCCUGCGCCCACAACGGCAGCCUCCUGCACCUCUCCUAUCACCUCAACGCCAGCAGCCUGGCCUGCGCCUGCACCGCCAGCAACCCUGUCAGCAGCAGCGCCGUCACCUUCAACUCCUCCGCCUGCAGCUUCGAGCAGCGGGGCAGCGCCAGGCCGGGGCCGAACCUGGUGCUGGCGGUGGCAGUGCCCGUAGCGGUUGCGCUCAUCUUCGUCGGGGUCUUCACUGCCAUACGCACGGGCCAGCUGCGGAAGCAUGCGCCAUUCGCCGAGGACAGUGAGGUGCACACCAUCUACUCCCAAGUGCAGCGGGUGGAGAAGCAGAAAAUCCCCUGCAGCCCCCCCGGCACGGAGCACCCCUCCUGCACCACCAUCUACGCCGCAGCCACUGGCUUGCCCCCGGACACAGCCCAGGCCCCCGGCCGGAUCCAGCACAGCCCCUGGGCAGAGUCGCCCACCCCACAGGGCCGCUCGCCCCUCUCGCAGAGCCCCGACGCGGAGCCCACGACGGUUUACGCCAGCGUGACGCUGCCCAUGAUCUGAGCCCCCCUGCGCGGCGGCAGCCUGGCCCCGAGACCCCCGGCAUCCGCACCCCGUGACCAGCACCCGCAUCCCGGGCUGGGGGGAUCCCGCUCAGCCCCGCCAAAUAGGGCAGGCCCCUCCAGCACCCAAAAAAGCUGCUCCCGGCCCCAAAAAAGCUGGCGUCGAGUAACGGUAGAGCCCAGUGCAGGACCGGAGUGGGGAAAGGAUUCGCUGCGGGCUGGGGCUGCGGGACAAGUGGUUGAGAUGCUGAGCACCGGGAGAGGAGCUGGAUGCGACCCCACAGGCGGCAGCCCCCGGGGGCGAGGCAGGACGUGGCCGGGGGAG